CUUGUCAUCCCCUCCCUCUUCUGCUUCCCAGACACUGAGUCUGGGAUGAAAAUUCACCUGCCUCUGAGUUGGCCACUGGUGGGGGGGGGGUGGGGUGUUACUUGGCUUCCCAGGUUGGAAGAUUAUCUCACCAGUCCUAGCUAUAUAAGCUGGCUGGUGUGGAGGGGUUCAGCAGAGCCAACUCGAGGGACUCAUUCCACAGGAGAAAAACAUACAGACUGACUUCAGGCCAACAUGAUGGUACUGAAAGUAGAAGAACUGGUUACAGGGAAGAAAAAUAGCAGUGGGGAGACAGGGGAGUUCCUUCCUGAAGAUUUCAGAGAUGGAGAGUAUGAAGCUGCUGUUACUAGAGAGAAACAGGAAGACCUGAAAACCCUUCCAGCCCACUCUGUGAGCCUGGGGGAGCAACAGUGGAAAACUGAGAAACAACGAGAAGCAGAGCUCAAGAAGAAAAAACUAGAACAAAGAUCAAAACUUGAAAAUUUAGAAGAUCUUGAAAUAAUUGUUCAACUGAAGAAAAGGAAAAAAUACAAGAAAAUGAAAGUUCCAGUUGUGAAGGACGCUGAACCGGAAAUCAUCACAGAACCUGUGGAUGUGCCUAGGUUUCUGAAGGCUGCCCUGGAGAAUAAACUGCCAGUUGUAGAAAAAUUCUUGUCAGACAAGAACAAUCCAGAUGUCUGUGAUGAGUACAAGCGGACAGCUCUUCACAGAGCGUGCUUGGAAGGACAUUUGGCAAUUGUGGAGAAGUUAAUAGAAGCUGGAGCCCAGAUCGAAUUCCGUGAUAUGCUUGAAUCCACAGCCCUUCACUGGACAAGUCGUGGAGGAAACCUGGAUGUCUUAAAAUUGUUGCUGAACAAAGGAGCAAAAAUCAAUGCAAGAGAUAAGCUGCUCAGCACAGCGCUGCACGUGGCGGUGAGGACAGGCCACUACGAGUGUGCGGAGCAUCUCAUAGCCUGCGAGGCAGACCUCAGCGCCAAAGACCGCGAAGGAGAUACCCCUCUGCAUGACGCCGUGAGAAUGAAUCGCUACAAGAUGAUCAGGCUCCUGAUUAUCCAUGGCGCUGACCUCAACGCCAAGAACUGUGCUGGGAAGACUCCCAUGGAUCUGGUUCUACACUGGCAGAAUGGCACCAAAGCAAUAUUCGACAGCCUCAAGGAGAACUCCUUCAAAGCCUCCCGCAUAGCCACGUUCUGAGCAAACGACACAUCAGCUGCUCUUCGCCAGUAUUUUGAAGGCACAGCCUCAAAGAAUAGCAAUUAAUCAUACAAUCCAGCUGUUAAUCAACUUGUUGUAAAGCUGCACUUAAUGAAGUUUGGAGAAAGCACAGUGAUAUAGGUUUUGAAAAUUGCCUUCAUGAAACUUGCUCUA